CGCAGAUGUCGUGUCUGUCUCUUUAAAAAACACAGUCUCCUGGAGGCUGGCGAGGAUUUGUUGCGGAUAGCUGGGAGUGCGCAGCUCCGCUCGGCAUGUGCGGAGCUUCACAUUCCCUCCAACCGACGCCGCAACCUACGACUGGGGCCAGAUCAGAGCGCAGAGAGGAGCGUAACUGUUUUAUUCAUGAGCGCAGGAUAAAUAUAGUUAAAGCCCCUUCUUUUUUGGUUUCAGCAAACAGCAGCGGGACAUCUUCGAAAGAUGUUUGUGUGUGUGACCAAGAAGAAGAAGUGAUGCUGCUGAGUUUUGUUAUUGGGUUUCUCCGGGGCGGUGCUGAUGCUGCUCACCCUGCUGCUGCUGUCAUGGGUUGCUGGGAGUGACAUCAAAGUUUUUUACGCGCUUGAAAUAUUCCAGCUGAGGCUCCGUCUCCAAACUGCUUCAGUUUAUUUCUGUUUUUUCAGUCGAUUUGAUGACUGGAGGAUCGCUUUUUUCCCAAAUUGAGAAUCCGAGUGGACUGUGAAGGGAAGAGGCUGAAAGACUCCGGAGGAUUUGGCACCGGGAGAGGCGAGGAGAUGAACUUUGGAAAUUUACUAGUUGCGACUAUCUCAUUCAUCAGCAUCGCCUCAGGGUCCCGGGCUCGGUUUGAAGACAGCGCACCACGGAUCGUGGAGGACCCCUCGGAUCUGAUCGUGUCCAAGGGGGAGCCUGCCACCCUCAACUGCAAGGCAGAAGGCCGACCCACUCCCGGCAUCGAGUGGUACAAAGAUGGCGAGCGAGUGGAAACCGACAAGGACGACCCGCGUUCUCACCGGAUGCUCCUGCCCAGCGGCUCCCUCUUCUUCCUGCGCAUCGUGCACGGCCGCCGCAGCAAACCAGACGAGGGCGUGUACACCUGUGUGGCCCGCAACUACCUGGGAGAGGCCAUUAGUCGCAACGCUUCGCUGGAAGUUGCCAUCCUGAGAGAUGAUUUCCGACAGGCUCCCAGUGACGUGGUGGUGGCUGCUGGGGAGCCUGCCGUGCUGGAGUGUGUUCCUCCACGUGGUCACCCUGAACCCACCGUGUCCUGGAAACGCAACAACGCCCGAGUCAGCACCAAGGAUGACCGCAUCUCUAUGCGUGGGGGCAAACUGAUGAUCUCUCACACCAGGAAGAGCGAUGCUGGCAUGUACGUUUGUGUGGGCACUAAUAUGGUUGGAGAGAGGGACAGCGAUCCUGCAGAGCUGGUGGUGUACGAGCGUCCAGUGUUGGUGCGGCGGCCGGUGAACCAGGUGGUCAUGGAGGAGGAGACCGUCGACUUCCUGUGCGAGGUUCACGGGGAUCCGGCCCCGACUGUGCGAUGGCGGCGAGAGGAAGGAGAGCUUCCCCGCGGGAGGUUUGAAAUCCGCAACGGCAACAGCCUGCGUUUGUUCCGCGUGAAAGAGCAGGAUGAAGGGACGUAUACCUGCACAUCUGAGAACAGUGUGGGCAAGACAGAGGCCUCAGCCAUGCUGCAGGUCCACGUUCCACCUCAGAUUGCUGCGAAGCCCAGAGACCAGAUCGCCACCCAAGGGAGGAGCAUCACCUUCCAGUGUGGCACCACAGGAAACCCUCCACCUGCUAUCUUCUGGCAGAAAGAGGGCAGCCAGAUGCUGCUGUUCCCCGGCCAGCCUCCAUCUCAGUCCGGCCGUUACUCCGUCUCCAUGAGUGGAGAGCUGACCAUCACUGACGUCCACCCCGAGGACUCCGGCUUCUACAUCUGCCAGGCCAUCAGCGUGGCAGGAAGCGUCCUUACCAAGGCGCUGCUGGAGGUGGAAGGAGGCCCUUCUGGUCGCGUCCCGCCGAUCAUUCGCCAAGGUCCGGCCAAUCAGACGGUGUCUCGGGGUGCGACGGCACAGCUGCAUUGCCGCGUAAUUGGAGGCACCUCAGUCAAGAUAUCGUGGGAGAAGGACGGAGACACAAUUCAAGGAAACAAACCCCGACUGACCUUGAUGGAGAAUGGCACGUUGCAAAUCAUAGACGUAAAGGACACGGACUCGGGGAUGUACACGUGUGUGGUUUCCAGCUCCACAGGGGAGUCGAGCUGGACUGGGAUGUUGACUGUCAGAGAAGAUGGCGCUUCUUCAGGACCCAGAGUUUCUGAGUUCAUCCAGCUUCCAGGACCUCCGCAGAAACCCGUGGUGACCGAGGUGACCAAAAACACAGUCACGCUCACCUGGCAGUCCAAUCCUCACGAAGGAGGCGCCGCUGUCACCUCCUACAUUAUUGAGGCCUUCAGCCAGUCAGUGGGGAGUACAUGGCAAACUGUGGCCGACCACGUGAAGCACGAGAGGCACACGGUGGUCGGACUCUUCCCCAACACUGUGUAUCUCUUCAUUGUCCGAGCGGUCAACUCUUACGGCCUCAGUGACCCCAGUCCAAUCUCCGAGCCUGUCAGGACGCAGGAUGGGAGUCCGACUGAACAGGGUGUGGACCACAGACAGGUGCAGAGGGAGCUGGGUGAGGUGUCCGUCUACCUGCAGAAGCCUGUGGUUCUGUCUCCUACCAGCGCCAGGAUUUCUUGGACUGUUGCCCGUCAGUCCAGGUAUGUUCAAGGUUACCGUAUAUUUUACCGGACCAUUGGCAACUCCUGGUUGGUCCAAGAUGUGGAGGCCACGUCUGACUACAGCAGCAUCUUAGUAGAUCUGCACAGCAAUACUGAGUAUGAGGUGAAGAUACGACCGUACUUCAAUGAGCUACAAGGACACGACAGCCUCAUGGUUCUGCUGCAGACCCCUGAGGAGGUUCUGAGUGCUCCUCCGCAGGCUGUUUCUGUGGUGCAGCUCACCAACAGCUCCAGCAUCAGUGUGUCCUGGGAGCCGCCGCCUCAUAACACUCAGAGCGGCAUCAUCCGAGAAUACAAGGUCUGGUGUCUGGGCAGCAGCGUGGAGCAGGAGAGCCAGAUGAACCGAACGGUGGACGGAGCGGUUCUGUCCAUCCUGCUGACAGGCCUGUUGCCUGACGUCCGCUACACCAUCGCGGUGGCUGCUGUCACCAGCCUGGGUGUGGGCGCUCAAAGCCCGCCCGUCAGCCUGCUCCUCACUCCGCCACUGGACAACAGUUCGACGGCCGUGAAGAAAGGCAGCGACCUCAGCAUCGCCCAGCAGAUCGCAAAUGUCAUCCGCCAGCCGGCCUUCAUCGCAGGCCUCGGUGUGGCCGCCUGGUUGGUGCUGAUGGGCUUCAGCGGGUGGCUUUACUGUCGCCAUCGCAGGAGAAAACAGCUGGGACACUAUACCACAUCUUUCGCUUACACACCAGCAGUUGGCUUCGCUCACAGUGAAGGAUCAGGAAUCAUCAACGGAGGGCCUAGUUUGUUGGGAUCAAAUAUGGGCAACUACCCCUGGCUGGCCGACUCCUGGCCGACUCCAAACCUCACUCACAGCAAAGACUCAGUCAACUGCUGCUCAGGAAAACUGGACUCAGAGCGAUAUUAUAACUUCCUUUGCUGUUCAGCUAUUGGGAUCAUCAACUACCCGAACCAGACGGAGAAACGCAGCACAGCGUCCAACGACAGCCCCAUCUACAGCACCAUCAACACCACCGCCGAGGACGACCUGCUGGCGUAUUACGACACUUACUCCAGUACGUCUUACAACCAGGGUCCCGAUCCGUACAGCAGCAACCCAGUUCUGGCAAACAGCGCGCUGGUGGGUCUAGAGAAGGACCUGGACCAGUGGACCAUCCAGUCUGGCCAGUCUGGAUCUGAAUAUGCCAAACUCCAGUACACCAAGAAAAACAACGACAAACUUGUUAAGCAGAGGUCUACCGGGUCCUCGUCCAAGUCGACUCCACUCACCUGGGUGGACGUUUUGUCGCUGCCUCUUCCUGCCAACAAAGACAGAUGCCGCGCAAAAGCCAACAAAGAAGAGGCCCAACACAGCUCAGAGGAGGAAGAUGACGACUGGUGUCCUCCGUUGCCAGCCAGAACUUAUCUGAUGGACGCUUCGAAGGAGGAGCUCUCCAUCCUGCCGCCCAAGCUGGAGGAUCUUUCCUACACAGCAACGCUCAUGUCUUACCCCCAGCGGGAUGCCACCGACAGUCCCCGGCUGCAGCACUUCGACCUCCUGGCCCGUCACCACUCCCAGGUCUCCCAGUCCAACCCUGAUCUGUUCACCAACACCAAGGCCCGGGACGCCAGCGAGGUGUAUCCCACCAGCCAGUGGGCAGAUGAUUUCAAGGGGGAAAGCCUCAGCAAAGGACAAUCUGCUUCAGCUGCAGAGUCGAGCCCCACAGCUCAGACGCACAGAUCCAGGAGUAAAAAGAAAACGCCCAAGGACGGACAAAGCAGGCGAGAGCUGCAUGGCGAAGCAGAACUCCCCCCUGCACCAGCUCCCCCUCCCACAGAUGACUCCCUGCAGCUCCUGGCGGAUGUUUUGAGCCGCAGUCGAACCGACGGCGAAAGAAAAGAGGGGAGCGACUCCCCCACUCUUCCUAAGAGGGGAGAGCAUUUCUCACCCCAGAGGAGAGGGUCGACCAAGUGGUUAUCGCAUGAUGAGAAUGUAAUCCCGUAUGGGCAGUCGAGCUUCCUCCCCAAGGUCCAGAUGUCGGGCUACGGGUCACUGGGUGGAGGAGGAGGCUUUCCGAGACCCUCCACUGCUGGCUGGAGGAGAGAUGAGAACCUCAUGUAGACAGAAGAUGAUUACAUGAUGAGACAUCCUCCCUUUUCCUUCCUGAUUCCGUGUCUUUGCAAACCAUCAAUCUGUUGCCAUGGUAUCUUAAACUGAAGACAAAAGGGAAAGCGUCAAGGCUUGCCAUCUGCCUUCUCACAAACUAUUUGUAUUCUCUUUUUUUUUUUUAAGCUUUAUUUUAACGAUUUAAUCUUUAUUUUUUGUGGUUUCCUUCACCCCCCCUCCAUGUAUAUAGACAUCUUUGCAAUUUUUUAAAAGACGUGAUCAUAUAUAUACACCUAAAAAUGGAUCUUGGGCGGGAAUAUUAUUGUAUUUUUAGGCAAUGGGAGGUAAAUGUAAGUAUUACAUUCUUGUACAGCAGAUUAUUGAAUGUAUCUUCUGUUUACUCCUAACCGUGAAAACCAAGGUGAUGCGUGUUUGAUGGGAAAAGACACAAGGCGGAAAAUGUGUUAAUAACUCCUCAUGUUGGUGUGUGUGUGUGUGUGUGUGUGUGUGUGCGCGUGUGUGCGCGUGCGUGUGUGCGUGUGUGUGUGUGGUCAGUGCACGUGUGUAGUGUUUGUGUGUUACUGUUUUUAUCUCUCAUCUCCGUGUGGCUGUGUACUGUGGUACUCCUAUAGAUCACCAGACCAGUGUGUUCAUUUUUAAACUGACUAAUAAAGCAUUUGUUAGAAAAA